AUGGAACAAAUCAAAGGCCAACCAUUAACCAGAGAGGUACUCGAGCACAGCAAAAAAUCUCGUCGUCAUUUUCUUGAGCAACUAGUUGACAUUUUUGCGGAACUUCGAAAACUCCCCUUCACACAAGGAGGCUCGCUAAUGCCGAGCAACGACGAGGAUAUCGAACUUGAGAAUCCACCAGACAUUGUCGGUGCCUUCUCCAUCCGCAAGAACGAAUUCCAGGCGGCUGGAUACACAGUCUCGCGCAUUGUGACUAGGAGCGCGAAAGAAUUUCUCGACGAGCAACUUCGCAUCCUGCAACACAUGUGGACAAUGCCUCAGAAAGAUUUAGAUCGUGAGCAGGCUGAGCGAGAGGAGUUUGCGAAGAGGUUCUUCUGUCAGCCAGAGGUGCAGCACAGAAUCCGCAUCAAUCCAGCCACGCAGUCGUUCUUCCUGGCACAUCCCGACCUUCGCCUUGGCAACAUCCUCGUGGAUGACGAGCUUAAUGUAUGCGGUAUCAUCGAUUGGGAGUACACUGCAAGCGUCCCACAGUGGGCUUUUGCCCCGCCUACAUGGAUCACAGGCAACGACUCAGGUCUGGCUGACCUAUCGUCUGAGUUCGUAUGUGUUCUUUCUUCUAUGAAAGAGAAGUCGAGAUAUCACUCUGAACUCGCGACCGAUUGGGUCUCUAGAGACUCCCUUACUUGGUCACUAUCCCACAUACUUAUAGACCCGGCGGAGCUUGACUUUGUUUUCUGGCAAAAAGUCAUGCCAAACAUAACUGGACUAUGCGACAUUCCUAUCCCUGACGAUGUACGGCUACAAGAAGACGUGGAUCGGCGCUUAGAAGUUUCGCGACACUUUGCCCAGUAUCUCGACGAGAACAACCUCAACGUAGAAGGGCGUGAGGAAGAGAUACAGCGCUUGCUGCAGGAGGCUUGGGCUACGAUUGACCGGUUGAAAAACGGGACUGCCGCUCACCCAUAA